AUGCGAUUCUCUGCCACCCUCAUCGCUCUUGCUGCCUUCGUUGUCGCCGCUUUCGCUGACUCGACCUCGAGCCUCGAGCCCAGCAUUACCGAUCCCGGUAACCCGGCCAACUUGAUCAAUUGCCCGCCCAAAGGUGGUGCAGACGCGUGCAAUCUCGAAAAACCUUGCAGCCGUAUUCGAGUCAACUAUGGCAGGACGGAGGGAGGUCAUUACAUCUGGUACAAUUACGAUAUCACCGACAUUCCUACAGGCGUUGAAAUUGGCGUUGAGGAUAGCUGUACUAACUAUUAA